UCGCCGCCAAAUCUACUGCCGCUCAAUCCCUCUGUAUGGUCCUCGCAUGGCUCUUCUGCGAUUAACAGCCUCCUCCAACUUCUCUAAAACCGUUCCCGCCCUGUCCUUCUUCUCUUGCUCCUCUCUUGAAUCCUCCUAUCACCAGCCAAGCUCGCUCCAGAGAGCGUAGUUGCACAGUGCUUUCAUGGUCACGGCAUCUACCACAUAUUUAAGUACUAGCCGACCCAAUCUACUGCCGCUGAACACCGGUCCCAACUUGUGAAUUGGCUGGAGCCGACGCCGAUCGCAAUCACUGUACCAUUCUUCGACACCGCCCAGAAUAUUGCCAUGCCUUCCGUGGCUCUACGAACGCCAACUUUGGCGAGCAACCUCCCGAAGGACUCGGUGGAGUCCGCGGCGGAGCCUGACCUUUCCCGUCAUAGGGAUUCACGCUUGGUCGAAUACCAGACUCCUAUUCCCGAAGAGGACGAGAGCACAGAGACCGCGAGCGAGCCCGCCGAACCUCUAACCCCAACCAGCGACACUGCUCCCGACUCACAUCCGUUCCGACCAGACGGCACCGUGGAGAGUGUCUUCGUCACCGCAAAGUCUGACAUGCCUCACCUCCACUCGAAAUCGCUGCCACAACCAUAUUCGGUCGCACCUGCCACACCUGCCGUACCCAAGGAAGCCGCACCUCCCCCAGCAGCAGCGGCGGUGACCCGGACACAAUCGAACACCAAAUUAACAUCGCAGAUGGACCCAACAGUAGCUCCCGAAAAGCCUGGUCUCACAAAACGCGUUGGUUCAUUCAUGCGUAAUAAACUUCACAGGACUCCUUCGACCAAGGAUGUUCCCAGCGCCUCCAACAUCCCAAGUGAACAGGUAUUUGUCAAGACUGGCGUAGAUGGCCCGGAUGAAGUCUCUGCUCCCGCAUUGAACAUCCCCAAAUACAGGAGGCUCAGUUCCUUUUCGCUGUCAGCUCGAAACUCCCCCAAGUCCUCCCAGGGAAACUCUCCACCAUCACCGGGCUCACCCUCCAGCACAAUCUCCAACGAGGAAACAUCUUCGGGGAAGAAGCCUCGUCUCGGUCACAAACACUCAUCGUCCUCGACAGCUAUUGCAGGCAUGGAGAAGCAAACUAGACCCGGUAUCACAUGGGCUGGUGGGGGGAAAGAGGGAAAGAAGAACUCCAGAUUUGCUCGGAGGCGCUCAGCAAGCACAGAGAUAGUCCCAAAGCUCCAGUCCGCGGAUCAAACCGUUGGUCUUAUCGAUACUUUCUCCAAGCCGGCCGCUGAGGGCGUUGGUAUGAAAGCCCGCCGUUUGAGUCUCAGUCUACCAGACGAAUUCGUCGUCGAUUGCUGCGAACUGGAUAAGGAAUUCAAGAGCUCGAGCCUGAUGCCUGGAAAGCGGGGCAAGUGCUUGGGCCGUGGCGCUACAGCCGAAGUCCGCAUUAUGGCGCGGAAAGGUAUCUCUGGCGAAGAAUUGGUCGCUGUCAAGGAGUUCCGUGGCCGAGAAAAGGAUGAACAUGAAGACGACUACAUCAAGAAGAUCCAGUCCGAAUACAGCAUUGCUAAGAGCUUGCACCACCCAAACAUCGUCGAAACUGUCCGCUUGUGCAAGAACAAGGGUCGAUGGAACCAUGUGAUGGAAUUCUGCGCCUACGGAGAGCUCUUCUCGUUGGUAGAACGAAAGCUGUUUGCGGCUGGCCUUGAAGGCUACUAUUCUGUUAACGAUCGACUUUGCUUCUUCAAGCAACUCCUCCGAGGCGUUGACUACUUGCAUUGUCACGGCAUUGCUCACCGCGACAUCAAGCUGGAAAAUUUACUCCUAGAUAAGGAUGGCCAUCUCAAGAUUUCCGACUUUGGCGUUGCUGAGGUCUUCAGUGGAGAGCACCCCGGCCUUCGUGCAGCCGGCGGCGAAUGCGGCAGGAACAUGGGCGAAGUUCGUCUUUCCAAGCCGGGCAUCUGUGGUAGUCUUCCCUACAUUGCUCCCGAAGUGCUCGCGAAGAAUGGAGAGUAUGACCCAAGACCCCUUGAUGUCUGGUCUUGUGCUAUUGUCUUCUUGACAAUGACGUUUGGAGGUUGUCCAUGGCAAGCAGCCAAACCCGAGUUCGAAUACUACGCUAGAUUCAAGAAAGGAUGGGACGAGUGGUUGCCUAACCACCCGGAUGGGCAGAUCUUUGAUGGUCCUGAUGGUCAACCGAAAUGCGGAAAGCUCUUCAGUUUUAUCAAUCCCCCGCCCAUCAAGCGGCUUUUACUGAAGAUGCUCCAUCCAAUCCCCGAGAAACGCAUCACGAUUCGAGAAGUCGUCAGCAGCGUCUGUAUCAAGGGCAUCGAGUGCUGCUGUCCAGAGAGUUUUGAGGACCCAACCGUCAGUAUCGACACGUCGAAAUGCACUUCUAAGCAAAUGUCGAAGAUGAAAAAGACUCUUCUUCACACCCACAAACCGCCAAAGCCAGAGUCUCGGGUUGCGAAAGCACUGACCCAUCGUUGGGAUAUGGGAGACGGAUGGUCUUGAGAUCGAUUCUACGAAUUUCUUCCUUUUGUUGGCGUCAUAGCAUGGGAGGCGUUCUGCUUGCAAUAGCCUUGCAAGAAAUCUCGAUUAGAUUCUUGUAUCCUCCAAUAUGAAAGAGGUUAGGGAACCGCUAGCAGUGGCAUUUACAGGGACA